CCGCGCCCCGCCUCCGGCUCUAUAAAGUUCCUCUUUCUCACCUCACUUUUGAGUUUCACCACUUGAACUUGGGACCCUUUGCUGCCCUCAGCUCAAAGUGCGGGUGAGCGGCGCGAACGCGGGAGGUCGGCACGCAGCAUGAACCUGGACGCGGGCACCCGGGGCGCAGAGUUCGGCAUGAGCGCGGUGAGCUGCGGCAACGGGAAACUCCGCCAGUGGCUGAUAGACCAGAUCGACAGCGGCAAGUACCCCGGCCUCGUGUGGGAGAACGAGGAGAAGAGCGUCUUCCGCAUCCCGUGGAAGCACGCGGGCAAGCAGGACUACAACCGUGAAGAGGACGCCGCCCUCUUCAAGGCCUGGGCACUCUUUAAAGGAAAGUUCCGAGAAGGUAUCGACAAGCCAGAUCCUCCUACUUGGAAGACGAGGCUACGAUGUGCUCUGAACAAGAGCAAUGACUUUGAAGAACUGGUAGAGAGGAGCCAGCUGGAUAUCUCUGACCCCUACAAGGUGUACAGGAUUGUUCCUGAGGGAGCCAAAAAAGGAGCAAAGCAGCUCACUUUGGAAGACACACAGAUGGCCAUGGCCCACCCCUACCCCAUGACAACACAUUACAGCUCUCUGCCAGCCCAGCAGGUUCAUAACUACAUGAUGCCACCCCAUGACAGGAGCUGGCGGGAUUAUGCCCCUGACCAGUCACACCCAGAAAUCCCAUAUCAAUGUCCUGUGACGUUUGGCCCCCGAAGCCACCACUGGCAAGGCCCAUCUUGUGAAAAUGGUUGCCAGGUGACAGGAACCUUUUAUGCUUGUGCCCCACCUGAGUCCCAGGCUCCUGGAAUCCCCAUUGAGCCAAGCAUAAGGUCUGCUGAAGCCUUGGCACUGUCAGACUGCCGGCUACAUAUCUGCCUGUAUUACCGGGACAUCCCAGUGAAGGAGCUGACCACGUCCAGCCCCGAAGGCUGCCGGAUCUCCCAUGGACAUACCUAUGAUGUCAGCAAUCUGGACCAGGUCCUGUUCCCCUACCCAGAGGACAAUGGGCAGAGGAAGAACAUCGAGAAGUUACUGAGCCACCUGGAGAGGGGACUGGUCCUCUGGAUGGCUCCAGAUGGGCUUUAUGCCAAAAGACUUUGCCAGAGCAGAAUCUACUGGGAUGGGCCGCUGGCGCUAUGCAGUGAUCGGCCCAACAAACUAGAAAGAGACCAGACCUGCAAGCUCUUUGACACACAGCAGUUUCUAUCAGAGCUGCAAGUGUUUGCUCACCAUGGCCGACCGGCACCGAGAUUCCAGGUGACUCUGUGCUUCGGCGAGGAGUUUCCAGACCCUCAGAGGCAGAGGAAGCUCAUCACGGCUAAUGUGGAACCUCUGCUAGCCAGACAGCUGUAUUAUUUUGCUCAACAAAACAGUGGACAUUUCCUGAGGGGCUAUGACUUACCUGAACACAUUAGUACUCCAGAUUACCACCGGUCCCUCCGCCAUUCUUCCAUUCAAGAGUGAGACGCCAGCAGCAGGAAGGAUUUUGUUUCAUUGUAAAUACCCUGACAAGACAGCCGAUUGGCACCCUUUUUCUUUGGAAGACCUAAGAGAUGGGUGCACUGAUGGAGACAACAGGGAUUUGUGAGGGAAAACAGCUGCACCUGCUCAUCAGAGGAGCUUGUCCUACAAAAGUGACUGCCAUCCACGUCUUAACAGGUGCCAGUACUUUGGUGACUGUGCCCUGACUUCUAACUGUGAAACCAUUAUCAGUGACGUGUUUACAUGUCCUUAAAUGCUGGUGUCAAUGGGGUUUGCUUGAAGACUGAAAAACUGUGUCGGUAUGAAUCCCUGACAGGAGAAGGCAGAUUUAAGUGUUAUUGGUCUAUUUCUCAGGAAAGUAAAGUCUAAACUGGAGACUACUCUGUCCACCAAUGAAGAAAUUCAUCCUUGGAUGGAGGAACUGUAGUUCUCCUGGGUCAUGCCACCGAGGAAAGAGACUAUAAUGUCCUAUAAUGCCCCGAUCAUGCACUCUAUCCAAGGGACCCUGUGACCUAUUUGCUCUCUCUCCUUGGCCUUCUCUAAAAGCUAGGUGGUGGACGCUGUUGCCACAUACUUGAGCCAAAAAGCAUUCAGAAACUAUAAAAUGGGACAUUUUUACGUGUCCUUUCGUCUAACAGUGGCUAGAAAUAAUUCUUCUUUUUUUUUUUUUGUCUCCUUUUUUGGUUUUGCAUCUCAUUCUUUAGAAUUGUUGCUGACUUUUUUUUUUUUUUUUUUUUUUUUUUUGGUAAAGAAAGGAAGGAAGGAAGAGCGAGAGAGAGAGAAUACUAGAGAUAGAUUUUUAAAACUCUGCCAUUUCCCUGUUUGUUUUGCUGGCCAUCAGUAGUCUCCAUGGCAACACUGGAGGGCGGAGCUUUCGCGCAGGUUGGGAACUGUCCUGCCACCAGCCAUGCAGCUUACAGCUGCACGCUCAAUGGGCUGUUUCUGCUUAUUUUGUAUAUUAGAUGCUUCCUUGUGCCAAUAAUAGUUUGACAGAGCCUCAAAAUUAACAGCCUUUUCCAAAAAUACAUCCUUUUGCAGAAUCCCAAAGAAUCCCAUUUAUCUUCAUAAAUCUGACCCCUUGUGUUCUUGUUACUGUUUUGUUUAGGUGGCUUUGCAAUGCUCCAGGAAUUUUCUUCUACCACAACGUAAUUUCUGUUUCUUCCAGGCUCACAAAGAGUCAACUGCUCUCAAACACAUAGCACUCUUUUUUUUUAAAUGCCACUUUUAAUAUUUCUUCUUCAUUCAGCAGCAUACAUUUCAUAAGCAAUGAAACAGUGGAGUGGCAUUUAUUUUUUUAUGUUUAAAAAAGGAGCCUUUGACAAGUAAUACACAUUACAUAAAAUGUAAGCAAUUUAGAGAAGGGGGAAAGUGAAGAGCCCUUUAAAUUUAAAUCUCCCUUCCUAGAAUUAGCUCCAAGAGUUCAGUCAGUUCUCCAUUUUAGUUUUCUAUACAUAUAUACGAAGUUGUCUUUUGAGGGUGGGAGGAGAGAGAGAGAGAGAGAGAGAGAGAGAGAGAGAGAGAGAGAGGUGAUAACUCUUAUGAAGCUAACUAUACAGACGUACCUCAUUUUUUGAGUGGCACGUGGCAUUCCACUGCAGUGUGCCUGGGUGCAGUUUUGAUGUCUCAUUAGCUAAGCGUCCCGGGAGCCCACUGAAUCUCCUGAGCUGAAGUCACUUAUACAUCUUAUAGAUGCAAAACAUUCUGGGGUAUAUUAUCCCGAGGGACUGAAGGUGAAAUUGGGGUGUGUCUUCCUUGGAGGCCCCAUGCUGUAGCUGUCCUCCUGAGGGUUAUUUAACCACACCCAUAUCUGUCAUUUCACCAAAGUUUGCCUAGUUAUGUAUGAGGGUGACUCUUCUCCCCUAAGCAGCAGAUCCUUCAUCCAAAAGGCUAUGUGAUUUCCUUUUUUUUUUUUUUUAAUCUUAAUGCUGUGCUCCUUUAACAGUGAAGCUGGAUUUUCUGGAAAAUGUUUGAUGGUUUGGGACACCAACUCCUAUCUCACUUUAUAGCCAUGCAUGCUGGUGGCUUCAAUCUUGAAGGGUGUGUAGGAAAGCGAAGCCCAGACUGAUAGCUAAACACUCCUGACACAGAAAGGAAGGGCUCCCUUCAUCCUUCCAUGAAACAAAAAGGGACGCACGUACUAGAAUUUUAGUUUGCCGUCAUUGGGAGAUGCUGUUGAAGAGGUAGGUUGAGGAACACUGCAUCAUGGGGAGAAAACACACAAGCUUCCUGGGUGCAGGAUGCUGGCUUGUUUCUGGUCCUUGAGCAGUAAUGAGUAUCUAGUCUAAAACAAAAAAACACAAAUCCCUCUGCUGUCUUGCACAGAGAAGCUGAUAGAAACCACUAGGGUUGGAGCUGGGAGGUAGGUGGUCUGAGUGCAGUGCCUGAGUGGCCAUGUGCCAGACACAAGGCAUGCCAGCAGGCGGAGUUUGGUGGAUGAUUAAGGCCUGUGCGAGGAGUAAGGCUCUGCCCCGCAGAAGAGGUGAGGGUGAGCUCCAGUAGCAGAGGAUUCUGGGAGUCCUAAUGUCAUGUCCUACACAGGAGGAGUCUUCAAUAUUGCUUUAAAAACUUGCUUUCCCAUCAGUGAUAGUUUGACUUUAAAAAAGCCCAACAAAGUUUAGAUGUCCCUUCAUUCCUCUCCACUCAGUCCUGUCCUUCCCGCUGGUGACUCUUAAUAUUUUGUUUUUUACUGGUGAAAGUCAUGAUAUUUUUGUUAUUUAUCUCCCUGAAUCACGUGACUGCUUCAUACAUUUCUAUGCUGCUGUGCGUCUCUGUAGCACACACGUCUUUUUGCGAGAUGGUUCUUCCCUGUAAAGUGGGAUUCACUCAGUUCUUCCUCACUGCCGCUCACCAUCACGUGAAUUCCGGGAAGGUUGCCUUUCCCUUCAUUGUGUUCCCUUUAAAGAACAUGCCUCCAGAGUAAGUUAAAGUAGAAGAUACAUGCUUCCAAGAUGGACCCACCUCACACAGGAAGAUGGGGACGUCCCGCUGCUCCCAUGCCCUGUGCACCCACCCCACGGUGAGAGAACUGCUGGAGACAAGGAUUCAGAGAUCUCCGGCCUAGAGCUUACACUUUGGAUGUUCUAGCAUGUCUGAGCCUGGCAGGCAAGCGUGCCUGCCAUCCUGUGUGCAGUGUUUGCAUAUGGCAUGGAUUUUUGCUGUAAACUUGCUUCACGAAGCAAACCGUGUGUUUUAAAAUAUUUUAUAAAUAAAGGAUUUCUAGGAA